GUCAUUCUGCAAAAGCUGCCCAGAACAGGCUUUCUUCUGAAAAGCAGUGCCGUUCCUUUUUAGAAAGACUGAAUCUAAAUGUUGUCUCUGGAGACAAGAAGCCUUCAGUAUGUUAAAUUACUUUCAUUAUGUAUUUUCAGAUGCUUAUUGAUUCCACAGUAGGAAGAGUGAGAGACUGCAGCAGCCUCUAAGCAGCACUACAUGUUCCAUACAUUAGCAGUACUGCUGAAACAAUGGCACACUACAGACACAUAUUUUCAUUAAGGUCAUUUUCGAAGAGAUGUUUAUGACCCUCUUCCCCCAGUCCUCUACUAACAAGUGAACAAAAUGAAUCAAUCCAAACUGGAAAUGCUUCAACUACAUCAAGAAUGUAUCAAAUCUUUAGCGGAGGGCCGAUAGCAGCUAAUUCAGUAUUUACAACUGACAAUAUGAAGAAUGCAAUUGACUGAGCAUCUCCCUAGCUGUCUGAACUACGAACUGCAAGAUGUUCUUGUAACAUGACUUUAAGACAUUAAGGAGUUAAAACCAGAGAAUAGGUCUACAUUACUGAUGGAAUAUAAAAAAUCAACUGUAUCCUAAGAAGACGCUACAUAAAAUAACCACAAAAAGAAAAACAAUAUAACUGUAAAAGCCUGAAAAGAAUUGGUGAGCAUUUUAAAAGGGGAAGCUUAUACUUUAAUAUACCAGAAUUGUGGAAGCUACUGAUUCUGGAAGACAUAAUGAAACAUGAAUUUCCAAAAAGAAAAUAAAAUACUUUACCAGCACACAAAAGGAAGAUUUAGCAAGUGUUUUCUGCACUAAAUAUUCAGAUAUUCAUAUCAAUUGAUAUGACUAAUGGAUUUUUCUAUCUGACUUUUAUGACCAAUUAUGUAUUCUCUUCUAAUGAAAACAAACCAAAUUAAAUAGCAGAUGGUUUUUAUCAAAAGGACACAGCCUGGAUUUAUAAUAUAAAGCAAGUUAUGUGAUCAAGAAAUCAUUUCAAAAUAGUGAGCACUCCUAUAAAAACAGAUUUACAAUGGUAACAAAAGGAUGUCUAAAUAUAUUUUAGAAGCUACAAAUCUUAUGUUUCCUCUUUUGUUUUCACAUAUUCUGGAAAAUAAAGAAACACUAUCAUGUACUCCAUCAAAGGGAAAUAUAAUUCCUAUCAUCUGAGGAAAUUUCUCUUGGCUGUGACUUUUUAAAGCAAAACAAAUAUAAAUAUUAUGUACUGUUCUUUAGAAAUCCAUCAGCCAAUUAAAUCUCAUAAUGCAUGCAGUUGAAGUAUUGGAGAGAAAACGAAAGAAUUCCUACAAGACAUGAAAUAAAACACAGCUACUUCACUGUUGUCAGGGGAAAAAACCAACUGCUCCAAAAGAAUGUGUUUUUCUCCCAUUCUGGAAAUCAACAUGCAGUCUGAAUCUAACAUUACAGUGCGAGAUGACAUUGAUGACAUCAACACCAAUAUGUACCAACCACUAUCAUAUCCGUUAAGCUUUCAAGUGUCUCUCACCGGAUUUCUUAUGUUAGAAAUUGUGUUGGGACUUGGCAGCAACCUCACCGUAUUGGUACUUUACUGCAUGAAAUCCAACUUAAUCAACUCUGUCAGUAACAUUAUUACGAUGAACCUUCAUGUACUUGAUGUAAUAAUUUGUGUGGGAUGUAUUCCUCUAACUAUAGUUAUCCUUCUGCUUUCACUGGAGAGUAACACUGCUCUCAUCUGCUGUUUCCAUGAGGCUUGUGUAUCUUUUGCAAGUGUCUCAACAGCAAUCAACGUUUUUGCUAUCACUUUGGACAGAUAUGACAUUUCUGUAAAACCUGCAAACCGAAUUCUGACAAUGGGCAGAGCUGUAAUGCUAAUGAUAUCCAUUUGGAUUUUUUCUUUUUUCUCUUUCCUGAUUCCUUUUAUUGAGGUAAAUUUUUUCAGUCUUCAAAGUGGAAAUACAUGGGAAAACAAGACACUUUUAUGUGUCAGUACAAAUGAAUACUACACGGAACUGGGAAUGUAUUAUCACUUGUUAGUACAGAUCCCAAUAUUCUUUUUCACUGUUGUAGUAAUGUUAAUCACAUACACCAAAAUACUUCAGGCUCUUAAUAUUCGAAUAGGCACAAGAUUUUCAACAGGGCAGAAGAAGAAAGCAAGAAAGAAAAAGACAAUUUCUCUAACCACACAACAUGAAGCUACAGACAUGUCACAAAGCAGUGGUGGGAGAAAUGUAGUCUUUGGUGUAAGAACUUCAGUUUCUGUAAUAAUUGCCCUCCGGCGAGCUGUGAAACGACACCGUGAACGACGAGAAAGACAAAAGAGAGUCUUCAGGAUGUCUUUAUUGAUUAUUUCUACAUUUCUUCUCUGCUGGACACCAAUUUCUGUUUUAAAUACCACUAUUUUAUGUUUAGGCCCAAGUGACCUUUUAGUAAAAUUAAGAUUGUGUUUUUUAGUCAUGGCUUAUGGAACAACUAUAUUUCACCCUCUAUUAUAUGCAUUCACUAGACAAAAAUUUCAAAAGGUCUUGAAAAGUAAAAUGAAAAAGCGAGUUGUUUCCAUAGUGGAAGCUGAUCCCCUGCCUAAUAAUGCUGUAAUACACAACUCUUGGAUAGAUCCUAAAAGAAACAAAAAAAUUACCUUUGAAGAUAGUGAAAUAAGAGAAAAAUGUUUAGUACCUCAGGUUGUCACAGACUAGAGAAAAGUCUAAGUUUCACCAAAUCCACAUUCAAAUGAGUUUUAAAUUGUAAAAACUGAUAUUACUGCCAAAUAUAAGAAAAAAUAUUUUAAGUACUGGUUAUGUUGUAAAUUUUCAAUGUGAAUGUCAAUUAGAUAGGUCAUAUAUAUUCAAUUUCUUCAUUACUUAAUGUAUUUGUUGCAUGGCAGUUUGUUAAAGUACUAUCAUGUGUAUAUUUUGUCAAUAUUAUGUCCAACAGAAAAUAUUCAUGUAAGUCAUAUUUUCUAAAGAAUAAAUACAUAGCCUUAAAACAGUGUAUAACUUUAAAAUGUAACUGA